AUGGAUGGGGACGAUCUUGUGGAGGGCACCGACUUCUGGGAGCAUCGGUAUUACGUCAGUCCGCAUGCCGUCAUUGAGGGAGCGGUCACCUUCGGUGGGGGCUGCGUGGUUUUGGCGGGUGCCCGCAUCAUCGCCCGCGCCGGUCCCCUCCAAUUUGGCGCCUUCUGCCUUGUGGAGGAGUACGCCGAGGUGGUGUUCGAUCGCGCAGCUGUCGACCCCGAGAGGGAAGGUCGCCACGAGGAGGUUAGAAAAAAGGGAGGAGGCGAAGAAGAAGAAGACGCACCGUCUGGUCUGGCGUCCUGCGGCUGGAGAUCCCAAGAAUGCGAAUCCAACCCGGCGAUGAUCAUCGGGCCCUACAACCACCUGAAGGCGUAUGCGGUGCUGUGGAAUGUCCCCUACGUCGGAUCCGGGAACUGCUUCGAGAGUUUCUCUCGUGUGGAAAGGGCGAAUGUGGAGCCCUGCCCGCACCGCGGCAAGGGGGUAGAAUGGGGAUUGGGGGAUCUUUGCGUGGUGGCGCCCUAUGUGGUGGUCAACGUCGGUGAAUUCGACAAAAUAAACGGGCACGGGGUAGUGGAAUCCGCCCCUGCAGGCGACGCCGCUCGGCGCGACGCACGAUUUCUCGAAGGAAGCGUGGGGCCCUCACGGGUUACCUUUCUACCAUGCCCCGCAUGGGUGGAUGAGAUGCAGGAGAGCCCCUCCCGCCCUCCGGCGGGGAUGCAACACCAUACCAAGGGUUUCAGCGUGGUGCCGCGGCAUGGAACGCGGAGCUCCGCGGAGUUGGCUUUUAUCGCACAAACGCUGAUGCCGCCACGCGGCGUGGAGGGAGUGUGUGGUGGCGAAACGCGCGACUCGUUCGUGGCGCAGCCAUCGAAUCCAAAGCUCAUCACUGAGACCCCAACGCCAAACGAUCGCCUCGACCCUCAGGAUGGAGUACCCCUCAUCAAGGCGGUUCUCGACGGUUACACCGCGGUGUGGGAGCAAGACGAGAUCGAGUCGCUUCGGAAGCUGUGCAAGUAUUACCUCAUCACAUACGGUUGGACAGCGUCUAACAAAAAACGGUAG